AUGAUUUCAGAACUUCACCUCAACUACUCUAGUAGGUUUAGCAGUUCAAAACUCUGUUGUAGUGCUGAAAAUAUGAUGAAGGGGAUUUCUGAGGAAGAGUUAUAUGAUAUCCUACUCCUAAUUAUAUUCACAGGAGGGGCGGUUUCGUCCAAAGGUUUUUCACUUUUUAUCAUGUUGCUUUCCAUGCUUGUGCUGAUCUUAAAGAUGUUCAGGUUGGUGACUCAGCAGAGUCCUGAAUGUAAAGCCGUAUUACAAGAAGUUACUCAACUUGUUGAAGAAAAGCUUGCAUCAAAUAGCAAAGCAUUCCAGAGCACAUUUGGUGCUACUCAGCUGAAAAUAGAUGGCGACUUUUUGUAUUUUCUAGAAGAGGUUGCAUCCAUAGCUUUUCAAUAUGGGAAUCCAGAUAAACUUUGCACCCCAAUGACUGAAGCUAAGAAGGCUGGAGAGGAUCUAGUUGUAAUUGACUUACAAAUCUCUUUGAAAAUCUUGUUCUCAAACCUUUUUUAUAUUAACAAAGAAGCAAUCUUUAUGGAGAAAGCGUAUGCAAAAUACAUGAAGGAAUAUUAUAUAGGAAGUUAA